GUCCAGGGCGUCUAGGGUCUCUCUGCUCCGCCGGCAGUCCAGUAUGGAGCAGCCCACACUACCACGACAACAGAGGUCCCGGCAGACCAACAACCGCUCCAACAACCAGAGCCAGGCAGACACCGCUUUCAUGAACGUGCCUGACCAGGGAGUGGCUGGUAUUCAUCGUAGACGCUCGAAGGAGGUCAAGCCUUCCCCAGGAGCGGGCCGCCCCAAGCCUGCCCCCAAGCCCAAGCCUCGCUCCCCAGAAUGCCGAGCGCUGUAUGCUUACGACGCCCAGGACACUGAUGAGCUGAGCUUCAACGCUGAGGAUGUCAUUGAAAUCCUCACUGAAGAUCCAUCAGGCUGGUGGUACGGUCGUCUUCGCGGGAGGGAAGGCAUGUUUCCUGGGAAUUAUGUAAAGAAGAUUUAGGCUGGAGCGAUGAGGGACUUGUCUAAAGGUAGAAGAUCUAGACUGGAUCAAGGGACAUAAGAUCUAGAUUGGAGCGAUGAGGGACUUGUCUAAUGAGAGAAGAUCUAGACUGGAGCGAUGAGGGACAUGUCCAAUGAGAGCGAGGAGUCAGGUGGCAACAGUAGAAUUACAACCAUACCAAGUCCAUUACUACAGAGACAAAACAAAAAAGCAUAAUUAAAGCAUUUCUCCAUACCAUCUCUCUUUGGAGUCAGAGACAAGGGAAUGUGAUGAUUUUUGCCAAAGAUGGUUUGAAGUGCAAAUACUACUAACUUUUAUCAAUGGAUUUUAUCUAUUGUUUUAGCAUGGGAUAGCUUUUUUAUUAAAGACUGAACAAAUAGACGUUUUAUCCGGCAUCUUUUUAUAGCCAUUUACCUCGAGUGUUCAAAUAAAUCUUAGUUUUAUUUGCUCUUUCACAUUUGUUUAAUACAUAGGACCAAAUGGCCAUAAGAAUCUCAGUUCAGGUGGAGUUGGGAUAGAAUGGGUAAUUACAAAACAUUUUGGAGAAGAUAUAUAUAUUAGUUGUUUAUUUUAUGUGAUUCUCAACGUCUUAGGUAGAUAUUUCACAAUUCUAUAUCAGUGAAGAUUUGUAAGGCUGUUUACACAGCAGGCGCAAAUCUGAUGUUUUACCCAAUUAUCGGCAAAAGAGCUGAUCUGAUUGGUCAAAAGACCAAUUAAUGGGAAAAUAAUCAGAAUUGGGCUGCCUGUGUAAACCCAGCCUUACCGAUCUUCACUGAUAUAGAAUUGUGAAAUAUCUACCUAAGAUGACAAUGAACCAUAUAAGACUUUAACAGAGCCUACCAUUUCCCAUGUUUUAUAAUAGGCUACAUGGUACAUGUUAUUACCCAGAGAUAGGCUACAGUUGUCUGUUAAAAAAUAAAGAAAAGACAGUUGAUUGUUUGUCAACAGUUGACGUGCAAGGUCAUCAUGAACAAGAAAUAAAAAUAAAGAAUGUAAACCAUCAUA